UGAAAAUGAUUUAAAACUAGGCACUUGGACAGACUCCAUAUCAACUAGCAGUGACAAAAGGAUCACAACAGCCUCAACCUUCUAACUUCCAUCUCCGAUUGGCAAUGGCAAACCCAAGCUCAGUUAAAGUAGUUGAAGUUUGCAGGGUGGCUCCUCCUCCUCCGUCCUCACCCGGGGCAUUCGCUUCCCCGAGCUCCCUUCCCCUUACCUUCUUCGACAUCCGUUGGUUAAGGUUUGGGCCGGUCCAGCGCCUUUAUUUCUACCAAAUGCCUACUUCCUCUGCAACACCACUCUUCUUUGAUUCCGUACUUAUCCCCAGACUCAAAACCUCACUCUCUAACACCCUCCAGCACUUUCUACCUCUAGCAGGAAACCUCACUUGGCCUCAAGACUCCCAAAAGCCCGUUCUUAGCUAUGUCCAAGGCGACGCCAUUUCACUCACGAUAGCAGAGUCUAAUGCUGACUUCUACCAUCUUUCAAGUGGUGACUUAGUUGAAGCCACAGAGUACCAUCCUCUUGUACCCGAGUUGGGAGCUUCUCAUGAACAAGCUGCAGUGGUGGCAUUGCAAAUCACUGUCUUUCCCAACUGUGGCUUUUCCAUUGGAACUUCCAUGCACCACGCAAUUCUAGAUGGCAAGACUUCAACUUUGUUUGUGAAAUCUUGGGCUCACAUUUGCAAACAUGAUGAUCAAUCUAAUUCAGUGCUACCUGAUCAGCUGAAACAAUUAUAUGACAGAAGGGUCAUUCAAGAUCCAGCUCAGCUCGGAGUACUCUACUCGAACUCCUAUCGAAAUAAGGACGGUCCCAACAAUAGAAGCUUAAUGUUUUGGGAGAGGAAACCCCCGCCGGGCUCUAUCCGAGGCACCUUUGAAUUCACAAGAGCAGAUAUAGAAACACUGAGGCAAUUGUUAAAGGCUAAAUUGGCAGAGCAGAAACAAGAAGAUAUUCGUUCAGUUCAUGUGUCAACUUUCACUCUAGCUUGUGCCUAUACAUGGGUUUGCAUAGUCAAGGCAGAGGAAAUAAACAGUGACCAAACACGUCUGGCUUUUAACGUGGACUGCAGGUCUCGCUUGGAUCCUCCUAUAUCUCCAAACUAUUUUGGGAACUGCAUAGCGGGACGUACAGCAGUUGCCGAAACAAAAGCCUUGUUUGGAGAAGAUGGGUUGGUUGUGGCUGUGAACGCAAUCAGUGAAGCUAUAAAGAGUUUGGAGAAGGGGGUGUUGGAUGGGGCAGAGAAUUGGGUUUCAAGGUUGUUUGCUGUGACUAGUGAGAGAAUGCUUACGCUUGCCGGUUCACAUCGGUUUGGUGUUUAUGAGACUGAUUUUGGAUGGGGAAGACCAAAGAAGGUUGAGAUUGUUUCCAUAGAUAGAACCAGAGCUAUCUCCUUUUCAGAUGCCAAGACUGAUGCUGGGGUUGUUGAUGUUGGGUUGGUCUUAGACAAACAUAGCAUGCAGGUUUUUGCUUCUCUAUUUGCUAAAGGUCUUCAAAACCCUUGAAGCUUGAAGCCUCGUUUCAACAGCAUUUUCUUUCUCCACUUUAUAUUUUGGGGAGUAAUAAUUUCGGAGUUCACUUUGUUAAAAUCAUAUGCAAGCUAUUGCUUCUGUGUUUGCUAAAGGGCUUCAAGACCUUUGAAUCCACGCAUGAAAUUGGUGUAAUGUUUUCGCUUUGUUUUUUGGGGGAUGAAUAAUUUGAUCGAUGUUCAAUUUUUUUCUUCU